CGGCAAGUGAUGGGUGAUCUGCCUCAAGAGAGAACCAGGCCAGCGGCUCCAUUUGAAUUCACGGCAGUUGACCUGUUUGGACCGUAUCUGGUCAAGGAUGAUGUGAAGAAGAGAGUCUGGAUGAAGGUUUCGGGCGUCGUAUUCUGCUGUAUGGCCAGUAGAGCAAUCCACACAGAGCUGGCCAACACCAUGUCGACUGAAAGCUUUCUGAUGGCUUAUCAGAGGUUCACAGCAAUUCGAGGACAUCCUAAGAAGAUUUGGUCCGACCCAGGGACCAAUUUUGUUGGUGCCAAACCUGUUCUGGAGGAGUUGUAUCAGUUUCUGGAUGGUCUGGAUAGGCCUGCUGUGGAGGAAACUUCAGCUCAAAAUGGAACCAGCUGGCAUUGGGAAAUCCAGCCGGCUGAUUCACCUCAUCGAAAUGGCUCUGCUGAAGCAGCUGUUCGGAUUGUGAAGAAGGCGUUCCAGAGUCUGGGGAGAGAAUCAGAGCUCAGUUACAGCGAACUUCAGACGACACUUCAGCUCGCUGCUAAUCUGUCGAAUGAGCGCCCCAUUGAUGCCAGGGUGCAGAGCUGUAAAGACACCGUGCAGUACAUCACACCCAAUGCACUCCUGUUGGGGCGGGCAUCAUCGAGUGGUGACUGGAAAACAUUUGUGUUUACGAGCUACCCCUAUAAGAGGCUUCAGGAAAUGCAGCACCAGGUCAACAAAUUCUGGAGUUCCUGGAGCCAACUUGCCGGCCCUAAUCUCUUCGUGAGGAGUAAAUGGCACACUACACAGAGGAAUGUUGCAGACGGAGAUAUUGUUUGGCUGUGCGACCAAAAUGCAUUGAGGGGUGAGACCUGCAACAUCAGCAUCCAGGCAUCUUGCCUCCAGCAUCUGGAGGGACGUUCAGUCCACAAUUCUUCAUCGGGACGUUCGACGAUUGGUGGUUCUGCUGCCAGUGGAGGAGCAGGCAGGAGGCCAAAAAGGGGAUCUCUGACCACAAGGUUACUGUGUGCGAUCUUUCCAGCGGUUCUCGUGGGAAGAUCGAGUGGGAGGUGUUGAGUUGAGUUGCAGACCGAGCCCCUCUCUGGCUGGGAGGUAGAUUUAGGUGUGUCUCCCAGGCUGGCGGCGGAGAUUUGAAUGCACCAGGUGGAGAGGAUCUGGCGAUCAGGGGGGUUGGAGGCACUCACUCACAGGACAGUGAAGAGCGAGCAGUUUGAGAAAGCGAUAUUGAAGAGCUUGGAAAGAGGAGACUGCAGGAAUAAAGCUUGCAAAGACUGAAGAAGGAGCCGGUGAGCUUUUUGAGUGGC